AUGUCUAAUAUUGUAGAGGUGAGAGUUCCAAACCUUGAUUGUGAGGGAUGUGCUUCAAAAUUAAAGAAAGCUCUCUUCAAGCUCAAAGGAGUAGAUGAGGUAGAGGUUGAAAUGGAGGCACAAAAAAUAACAGUGAGAGGUUAUGGCUUGGAGGAAAAGAAAGUGCUAAAAGCAAUCAAACGUGCAGGGAAAGCAGCAGAACCAUGGCCAUUUCCAGGGCAUGCACAUUUUGCUUCAUUUUACAAGUACCCAAGUUACAUUGUUAACCAUUACUAUGAUGCAUAUAAAAGUGAAGCAACCAAUGGAGUCCAUACUUUUUUCCACACCCCUGCUGUGUAUUCAGUUGCUGUGGCAUCUGAUGAGGCCAUUGCUUCACUCUUUAGUGAUGAUAACCCUCAUGCUUGCACUAUUAUGUAA